AUGACAUACGAUCCUCAAGUAGCCAAGUGGUUCAACAAAGUUGACACCAACCGAACUGGUGCUCUCAACGCUGAAGAGCUUCAAAUGGCGCUUCGAAACAAUGACUUGACUACCUUCGACAUCGAGACCGUUUCGCUCAUGAUCCGAAUGUUCGACAAGGACAACACAGGAACAAUCGACGUUAAUGAGUUCUGUCAGCUUUGGAAAUACCUCGGUGACUGGCGAGGCUCAUUCGAUCGCUUUGACCGCGACGGCGGCGGGAGCAUUGACGAGCAUGAACUUGGCCAGGCGUUGAACGAGCUUGGUUACCGCCUCUCUCACCAGUUCGUCCAAGAAGCGAUGCGAAAAUUCGACUUUCGCCGAGAGCGCCGUCUCCAGUUUGAUGGCUUCGUCCACUGUCUCAUUCUUCUCCAACGCCUUACCACUGGCUUCCAGCAGUUCGAUACUCAGAGAAACGGAAACGCCUACUUCUCCUACGAAGGCUUCCUUACUGCCGUCUUCAAACACACAUAG